GCGCAUGCGCGGUGACGCGCGGGGCCGUGCCCGCUAUAUGAGCCCCGGCAGGCGCUGACUCGGCCCUUUCCGCCCCGCUCCCGCCCCGCGCCCGGGUCGCUGCGCUGAGACCCCGCGCCCCCGCCGCCCCUCGCCGCCGCCAUGAUCAUCUACCGGGACUGCAUCAGCCAGGAUGAGAUGUUCUCGGACAUCUACAAGAUCCGGGAGGUGGCGGACGGCCUGUGCCUGGAAGUGGAGGGGAAGAUGGUCACCAGGACAGAGGGUCAAAUUGAUGACUCUCUAAUUGGUGGCAAUGCCUCUGCUGAAGGUCCUGAGGGAGAUGGAACAGAAGCCACGGUCAUAACUGGUGUUGACAUAGUAAUUAACCACCACCUUCAGGAGACCAGCUUCACAAAAGAAUCCUACAAGAAGUACAUCAAGGAUUACAUGAAAGCAAUCAAAGCCAGACUUGAGGAACACAAGCCAGAGAGAGUAAAGCCUUUCAUGACUGGGGCUGCAGAACAAAUCAAACACAUCCUUGCCAACUUCAAAAACUACCAGUUCUUUGUAGGGGAGAACAUGAAUCCAGAUGGAAUGGUGGCUCUCCUGGAUUUCCGUGAGGACGGUGUGACCCCAUAUAUGAUUUUCUUUAAGGACGGCUUAGAAAUUGAGAAAUGUUAACAAAUCAAACACUAUGGUUUUGGAUCACUUGUCUUCAUAGCUGGCUGCUGUUUCUUCUUCAUCAGCACAACACCAGGAAUCAGCAAUGUCUAACAACUGGACUGAUGUCAUCUUGAGCUUUAUUCACUUAUUUUGACCCUGAUUUGGAGUGGAGGCAUUGUUUUAAAAAAACAAAAAAACAUCUAUCAUGUAGGUUGUUGAAAAUAAAACUCAUUUAAACCCA